GGCUCGAAACGGUCGUCAGGCUCCGCCUCCUCUGCGCACUUGACUGGCUGUCCCGAGUUCUGAUUGGUUGUGUCCGUCGCAGUGGUUGAGGGGAGGUGCUUGAGCCCGCCCCCGGAAGCUUGGUCUCUGGGCUGUGUGUGAGGCCAAAGCACGUGGUCGGAUGGCUUUGCCCUCCAUCCAUAGGUGCCUCCAACUGAAUCAAGAAAACCAGCAGCUGCUCAAGAGGCUGAGGCAUGUCCGGCUAAGAAAUAAGCAGUUAGAAUAUGAUUUGGCACAGCUACAAGACCAACUGCAUGGGCAAAAGAAGCUAAUGCCUCUCUGUGUCACCAAGAGAGAUGUGCCAGUUCAAACAGACAUGCAUAGAGGUGAUGGAGGACUUCCCUACCGAGAACAAGAAAUAGCGAAGGAAAAUGCCAGAGUACUUCAGAUGUACAAAAAUCUACAGAAAAGAUACAAUAAAGAAUUGAAAAGCAGCCAAGAACAAAGUGAAACCAUCGCCACACUUUCUGUAAAGAUUAAUGAUCUGGAAUACCAACUUAAGUUAGCAAACAAAAAAGUGAAGACACUGGGAAGUAAAAAGACUUCGGCAAAGGGUAAAACCUUUCCAGGAGGAGACGCAUUGGCAGCACCAAGAAACCUAUCAUCUUACAAGUGCUUGUGCGAAAGGAAGGGAAGCUGUUCCUGCAAAUAUUUAGAUCAGUUGCUUUUUGAGAUUCAGCAUCUGAAAAUGGAAAAUGAAUCACUGUCCAAAGAAAGAAGAAUGUUGAGAAAUGAGCUUGCUGCGUUAGACAAGGAUUUUUUUGAUGAAAUAGAAGACUUAAAAUAUGCUCUUCAAGAAGCCAUCAAAUUGAAUAACCAAUAUGAACAGUGUUUCAAGCACCUGAGUUCAACAUACGGAAUCACUUUUACAACAAAGCUGAUCAAUGGAAACAAUCGUGCAGCUUUAUAUAAAUAACAUCUUCAACCAAGGAUUUGGUUGAUAAUCAAAAAGUAUUUAAUUGUACUUGCGCAAGAGCACUGGGAGGAAAAGAAAUAAAUAAAAAUAACCGGAAACCAUGCUA